AUGGCUUCUCUCGUCUCAUUGCAUAGUUUAAGGAAUAUUCUUUCGACUCUCUUACUGGAAAGUUUAAAUGUGUUGGAACUUCAUGGUGUUAGUCCUAAAGAUUUAUACAACUUGUUUGAUGAUCGUGAGCCUCCUUCGCAGCUGCGUUCAUUAGAAGUCGCAUUCAAUAGAGAUUUUGGAAGCGCAAGCACAAGCACAGCUGGACCUUCAACAGUCGUUUACAGUAAACAUGGUUCAACUUCAGAGAUUCCAGAGAUUUCAGAGAUUUUAGAGAUUUCAGAGUCACAGGAGCUUCCAAAAAAUAUUGUACAGUGGUUUCAGGCGUGGUUAGAAAAGCUCAAUUUCAAGAGUUUGUGUAAGAUGGUUUUACAAAAUAUUCCAGGCCUGAAGAUACUCCCAAUUAAAUUUGAGCAAGUAAGGAAUCUAAGACAUGUAGAUCUAUCUGGGUGCAGCGAUUUGGAGGUUUUGCCAGAUUCUUUUACGGAAGAAUUAUUUCAACUCCAAUAUUUAGCAUUGCGAGAUUGCAGGAAGCUUGUUCUCCAAGAUUUGGGAAAAAUCUCCACGCUUGAGUACCUCGACUUUCAGGGUUGCUCCAUGCUAAGGGAAAUGCCCAAAGGAACUGAGGUUCAGAAGUCUUUAAAGCAUUUAAAUGUGGUCCAUACUGAGCUGAGGGAAUUGCCUCACAAUCUUGAACAGAUGGAAGAUCUGGAAGAACUAAAUAUACGGAGCUCGGGAUUGACAGAGAUGCCAUCUUCUCUAUAUAAUUUGAGCAGGUUAACAGAUUUGACUCUGAUAGGGUGCACUAAUCUACUUCUUAUUGGCAGCUCUAUUGAAAAGUUAGUACAUUUGGAAAGUUUCAGAAUAUAUAAUUGUGGAAUGAUAGCGUUACCUGUAACAAUUGCAUGGGCGAAUAUGAAAAUUUUGGAUGUUCAGAAUUGUCUACUUGAUUUAGAGCAGUUGCUGACAGGAGUGGAUCCACGAAAUAUGCCUCUGGAUAGUUCUGAGGCGCAGGGAAGUAUUGGUCAGAGUGCUCAUCCAAAUCGCCCAGGACGUUUAACAGAUUUAAUCAUAAAACAUAGCUACAUUUUAGAGAUGGACAUUCCUCAGGCCGAAAGUCUUUUUCCCAAACUUGAAACUGUUGAUCUCUCCUACAAUCGUUUUUUGACAAAGAUUGGAAGGUUACCAAACAAUCUGAUAAGUCUGAAACUGACGAACUGUUCAAAGCUGACAAGACUGGCAUGCCUCUCUAACCUAGCAAGAGUCAAAGUUCUCGACAUAAGCGGAUGUGGUGAACUAAGGAAACUUAAUGUGGAAGGUCGAAUAUGCCUUGGUCGAGAUGCGGUAGGUCUCAUCAAUGACAAUUCAUUGAGAGAGCAUGGCGGAGUCAGUUAUCAUCUCUCCGUGGCUAUCUGCAGUGAUAUUCAGGUUUGGGAGCCUGAAGAGGGUGGCAAUCUUCCUAUGGUGGAAGUCGGGACGAUACCCCCAUCACCUCCAGCAUUCCCACACAGCCGUACUACUCCAGCUGGGUCGUACCUUCACCUCUUGCCUGGGGACCAUAAGAAAUAA